AUGUCAGAGAAAUUAAGUGAUAUGGGUGAGGCGCAAACUACCAAGGUUGGUAAUCAGGUUGGCAAUGAACAAAGAAACAACGAGAAUUCCAAAGCGAUAGAGAAAAAAAAUGCUUUAAGUGAUAUUUCCAUAGGCGAUGUGCAGACAAUCAUGGAUGGUAGCCAAGAUAUUAAUAAGGUAACAAAUGACAAGAAAUUUGAAGCGAUAGAGCAAGAACAUGCUCAGCCUUUAUCUCAUGUUAUGGCCGGAGAUGAAAGCCCACCCAAGAAAGGAUUGUCCAUUCUCAAAGAUAUAGUGCACACAGAGAACAAGGGAGUGGCAAGUCGAACAAGAUGCCAUUCCAAAUCAAAAUUGGUGGCCAAGGAUCGCAAGAUUGGGACAAUCAGCUGUCCUAUUGAUUCUAAUGAUAUCAUAGACAUGGACUCUAUUGAUUGCAAUGAUAUCAUAGAGUUGGACUUUGAUAAAGAAGAGGCAAACACCAAUGUCACUGCUGAAGUUAAUUUUGUCAUUGACAUAAAAACAUAUACCCAUGGUAUUGGUUGGUCAUUCUACGCUUCCUCUGAUUCCAAAUCUGAUAGUGAAGAUGUCAAUGAGCGCCUUGCCACUGGCCCACUGUUGAUGAAACUUGAUGAUGACAACCUUCGGUGA